AUUUAUGAAUGCAUUUCCUUUCUCGUCCUAAAGUUAGGUUGCGCUCACUUAUUACCCCAUCAUCACCAUUACCCCUAAAACCUUCUAUCCCUUAAAUUCCGAGGCUGGACUGGAUUUCGCUCUCCUUAUUUUUAUGACAAAGUGGCCAUUUCCUUUGGUUUCUCAGAUUUGCAUUUACAACUGCUCGAUCUUUCCUUCUCUUAUAUAUAUUUAGGAUCCCCUCCGGCUUAACUUUCCCAUUCCAAAACCGCUAGAAGAGGAAGAAGAAGAAGAGGAUCAAAAUGGCUUCAGAGUCUUCGACGGUGGCUAAAGACGAGAAGAAUGUGUCCUCUUUUGUUGAUUCGAGUAGUCAACGGCGGAAAACGAGUUUCUUGAUGGCUCAAGCGGGUCUCAGAAUCUUAGUUGUUGCCUUCACAUUGGUCGCAAUCUCUGUAACGGUCGCCAACCGCCAGUCCGUCGUCAUCUUUGGAUUGAACUUCCAAGCACGAUACUCCUACUCGUCUGCCUUGACGUUCUUGGUUGCUUCGGAUGCUGUCUUGUGUUCCUUCUCAGCACUGUCGUUGGUCUUCAUCUACAUCUUAAGCCGUUCUGGGACAACUUCGCCUCUCAAGAAGUACUUCUUCCUCUUCUUGCUUGAUACGGUGAUGAUGGUGUUAAUAAUAGCUGGAUGUGCAGCUGCGACUGCAAUAGGGUACUUGGGAAAGUAUGGGGAAGAACAGAUGACUUGGCAUGCAACUUGUGGAUAUGUGUCCAAGUUCUGCAACAGAAUGUCCAUCUCUCUUGCAUUUUCAUACUUGGCCUUCUUUGCCUGCUUGCUUCUCAAUCUCAUGUCGGCUCAUGCUCUCAUCUAUCGCCCGAUUAUCAAGAACUAAUUGAAUCAUCAUUCUUCUAUAUAUCACCUCAAAUUUAUACUUGUACUCUUAAUUUAGAUGUUAGCUAGGUCAUUAUCAUCUAUCUCGAUCCAUCUGUAGAAAUUAAGAAACAUAUAUAUUUUAUUGUUGCUAAUCAGUUGGGCACGCUUGUAUUUCGCUUAUAAUUAUAUAAUUUCUCGUGUGUAUCAACGAUCAUGUCGACUUCCUGAUGUAUAUGUCUAUGGUGAAUUGGCUUCUUAAUUUGGAGGAAA